UGGACUCAAUAAUUCCCCCCCCCCCAGAAACGGGGGGUCGGUCACCAUGGCGGUCACCCUUCCGGCGCUUCGAGUCCUCUGCCCUCCGACCCUACUUAUAUAUCCUCAUCCCUCCCCCAUCUCUCUCGCAACCAUCACUUCUCGCCGACCACAAUACCGUCCUUCUACUCCUCUGCACCCGUCACUCUCUAUGACGACGGUAUUAUCAAGACCACUCCCUACUAAAGCAGAACGACCCCGUCAUCCUCAUGGCCCUAAUACGGUACGCGCCCGUUAACCCACGACUACUAGAUACCUCGGUACAGGGCCUUUAACUCCUUUAUUAUUAUAUUAAACGUUAUUGACCUAAACCAAAGACUCAGCGGCCGCCUGGGUAUUACCAGAACCUUAUCGAGCGGUACGAUAACCCGAAGACUAAAAUCAAAUAUAGGUAUGCCAAUAUAACCAAGAAUAAUCUUUCG